CACGAACGACACCACAAACGAACGACAACGACAGCGACAGCGACAGCAAAGACCAUGGACGAUGAUAACAGUGGCAGCGGUGGCGGUGGUGGGGAUGACAGCAGCGCCUCUCCCCGUAAGCGGAGGGAGCAGCGUCGUGCGGUGCUGAUGAUUGAUGGUGGAUACAUGCGCAAUGCAGACAGCACUAGCGUCUUUAGCGACUACGACCGGAUCCAGUGGAUCAUGCACAAGAUUGCCGAAGACUUUGACGUCGAAUUCGAGGAGCUGCACUACUUUGACGCAGACUUCUCCGAUUCACCCGCACACCACGGCAUCUCAAAGUCUGGCAAGAAAUCGCUUGUCACCCUGGUGAAGGUGCUCCGUCGAGCCCACGUGUUUUGUCACAUCCUUCCACUCAAGUACAAGACCACAACGUGCUCCCGAUGCCACGCGCAGAAUCGAAACCUUAUGCAAGCUGGGGUCGACGUGGCGUUUGCCACGCACAUGAUCAAGGUGGCGCUCAAGCCGGGCAUCGACACGAUUGUGCUGUGGUGUGGGGACGGUGAUUUCUUCGAAGCGAUGAAGAUGUGUCGUGAGACAUAUCACAAGCAGCUAGGCCUCGUCGCCAAUGCAGAGGACUCCCUCUCCGCCGCCAUCAAGCCGCUCGUGUCGAGCAAGAACAUCUGGUACUACGAGGACCACAAGGCCGAAAUGCUCGCAUUCGAUGGAGUGCCGUUCCAGGCGGAUGUGCGUCCGUCCGAGGUCAUUAAGGAGCGCAAGCGGCAAUUCCAGCAGCAGAUGCAGCUGCAACGCCAACGGCAAAUGCACCACUACCAGCAAUUGCAGCAACCGCAACAGCAGCAACAGCAGCUUGCACGGCAACAAGCGGUGGCCAUCCAGCAACAACAGGCAAUGGCGCAGCGACAACAGCAGCAGGCCAUGGCUGCACAGCAACACGCACACCGUUCCAGCCAUGCAGCAGCACCACGUAACCAGCAAAUGCGUGUGUCGCAAUACCCCACGAUCGCUGGUACGGACGUGGUUGUCAUUGACGAUGACGGUGCUGACAGCAGGCGUCGAAGCAGAGGCGACCCAACUUCCUCCGCCAUGAUGGAUCGGACCCAAGAUCACCCACACCCACACCCACACCCACACCCACACCCACACCCACAUUCACUACACAGCGCCGCUCAACAGCAGCAACAGCACCGCCACCAGCACCAGCACCACCAACAGCAACAGCAACAGCACCAACAAUAUCACCAGCACCAGCACCAGCACCAACAAUAUCACCAGCAACAGCACCAACAGCAGCCCAUCGCUACCCGUAGCGGUGUAUUUGCGCAGUACCACCACACGCAGGAGCCCGCUCCACAACAGCAGGUGCAGCAGGUACAACGACAGCAGCACCACCCGGAGCAUCCAUCGCACAUGCACUCCCAGCCCACGUCCCUGUCGCCGCAGCAACAACACGUGCACGCGAAGCACGCCAAGACGACAGAUGCUUCGCCCAGCGGUAGCGACGCGAGCAGGACGGGCAAGAAGAAGAAGAAGAAGAAGACGCGGCGCUCUCCAGCGCGCUCGUCGGCCACACCGAAGAAGCACCACGGCCAGGGGCCGGAGGGCGCGUACGAUGGCGAUGUGAUCCUGCUGGAUGGAAGUGACGACGAACUACAGCACCAGACGCCUCCCCAUCAUCACCAACACCAACAGCAGCCGAGGCAUCAUCGUGAUGCGUCUGGUCCAGGGUCCUCACUGCACGCGUCGCGGCAGAGCGCUGCGUAUCGCUUUACUGACGCCGAGUACGCGCGCCUGCAGCAGCUGGGAUACACGCACGAGCGGAUCCUCAAAGCUGCCAAAGGCCGCCACAGCUUUGACAGCAUGCUGAUUGCACUGUUGACCGACAACCCCGACCCUCUGUAGCUGAUUCACACACACACACACACACGCACACACUUACUGUAGUUUGGCUAGCUGUUGUUGUUGUAUUCUCUCACCAAACGCACAAUAAUUGGCGAAAUGCUUGGGACUGCUGUGACUUUUGCUUAAUUGUAUUCUGUGUUGUAACUUAAACACUGAUGCUUCCUGCUUUUGGCGGCAGCUGCGUCGUUUGUUUGCUGUCGCUCUGCUUCGCUCAUUGCUGUUUACUUUUCCUCGUCUAUGCCACUGCUGUCCCUACACACACUCCCCUUGAUUACAUCUUGCUUUGCGAUCGUUUAUUGUACCAAUACAUGACAUGCAUGACACA